AUGCGACACAUAUCCAGCAUCACAGUGAAUGGACGCGAGGCCCAUGCGUCCGUAAAACAUGAACGAACUGUGAGCAGACAAGACGUUGCUCUCACUCAGAAUGUGUUGAGGACCCUCGCCUCGCACGCGAGCUCUCAUGAAACAGCGUCGGCAUCGUCGUCUAUCGAUCUCCGCGGUGAGAUGCGGCCGACAUGCAUACAUGCAUACGCUGCGCGCCGCUCGGGAUGUAGCACCUCGUGCCGACGUGCGCAGACGAUUGAAGCGCAAAGCGCUUCGGACACGCCGCAAACGCAACAAGCGCACGCCUUUUGCCGCGUAGUGCCGCUUCAGGCGUUGCGGUCCCGGUACACUAGACGGCCGCUCACAGGUUUCCUGUGA